GCUCUGACCACGAGGCAUCCCUGGAAUCUCUAUGAAUCUGCUGUGAUUCUGGAGGCUGCCUGAUUUGCGAAUCAUUUUUUUCUUGCUCAAUUCAACUCUGUUAAAUUUAAUUUGUCUAAGGUUUUUCUUUUAACAAUGCUAUAAUUCUCUCAUCAUCAAACUUCAAAAUUGUAUCUCAUUCAAUGGGUACACCAAUAGUAAACUCAGAAACACGUCUGGAUUUUAAUUUCUAGCUUGAGUAUUCUAUACCCAAAGACUGAUACUUAUACAAUGGAAUAUAAAAAUAAACCUCUGGUAAAUUAUGAAACAGACUUUUCUAACUUCAGACAUCAAUACUAAACUUUCCUUUUAUCACCUUGAAUUUAACAGGGGGGACUGUGCACAUUACUGAAGACUGGAUUUGGCUCACAGCAGACACAAAAAAAAAUCAAUAGCUUGGUAGUUAACUCCCAAUCUUCUCCCAGAAAUGCCAACACAGAAUUUAUCCACAGAGUAGAAAUAGGUUUGCUUUGUUCUGCUUGCAAAACAAGACAAUGGAUCAGCAGACAGCUUACCCAUAAUGUCAGCAUUACUAAAACUAUAGGUAAUAAAUCCCUUUAAUGCAAAUAUCUGUAUCUCAAACUUUCAGAGGGAUGCUUGUCUAAGCUUUAGAGGAGCCAUAAUUUUAAGAGUGAUACUUUCUUCAGGGUUAAAGAUUCCAAAAGAGCAGCGCUAGACUCCCUGUGUAGAAUCUUAUAAGGAUUACACUUUUAGAAAAUGGAUGAAUAAAACUGAAAUAAGCCUGCCAAAUUGUUCAAUUUCAGUGGAAAUCAAAAAUAAUUUUUAAGCAAAUCAUUAUUAUUAUUAUUAUUAUUUUUGAGAAAGAGUCUUGCUCUGCCACCAGGCUGGAGUGCAGUGGCAUGAUCUCGGCUCACUGCAGCCUCUGCCUCCCAGGUUUAAUAGAUUCCUCUGCUUCAGCCGCUCAAGCAGCUAGGACUACAGGUGUGCGCCACCACACCCAGCUAAUUUUUUGUAUUUUAAUAGAGACGGGGUUUCACCAUGUUGGCCAAGAUGGUCUCCAUCUCCUGACCUGGUGAUCUACCUGGCUCAGCCUCCCAAAGUACUAGGAUUACAGGUGUAAGCCAACACGCCCAGCCUCAAAUAUAUUCUUUAAUCCAGCAUUUCAUCUAAGAUUAAAAAUUUAAUUGUUAGUGUUUAUUAAUCAAUUUUAAUUUUUAAUGUGAUUCAUUCAUUUAAUAAAUAUUGAGCACUGCAGUAGAGAUUGCUUGCUGAAAUUGCAAUAUCUAUGCUCCCUCUUUUAGAAGCCCUGACUUUUAGCUGGCCAUAUGGUCAUCUGGAAUAAAGAUGUGGUCCCCAAGCCCCCACCUCAGUUUGAGUCUAGAAGACGGAGAUUGCAGUAAAUCAAGAUUGCACCACUAAACUCAAGCCUGGGUGACAGAGCAACUCUGUCUCAUGGAAAAAAAAACAAAGCAAAAUGCAUGCUUAAGAACUUUGAAAAUCAGAGUCACCACACUCACCCUGGCUGCUCAAUUCUAGUCUUCAACAUAAGAGAAAAAAAUAAAGUACAACUUUUCUUUUUUUUUUUUUUUUGAGACAAGGUCUCACUCUGUUGCCCAGGCUGGAGUUCAGUGGCACAAUCCCAGCUAACUGCAGCCUUGACCUCCCGUACUCAAGCAAUCCUCCCACCUCAGCCUCCUGAGUAGUUGGUAAUACAGGCCUGCGCCACCACACCCGGCUAAUUUUUUUGGUAUUUUUUUGUAGAGAUGGGGUUUCACCAUGUUGCCCAGGCUGGUCAUGAAUUCUUGGGCUCAAGUGACCCUCCUGCCUCAGGCUUCCAAAGUGGUGGGAUUACAGGCAUGAGCCAGCAUGUCUGCCCAUGUCCAACUUUUUAUGUCACUGUUACUUGGGGAUUUUUAUAUUACUUGCAGUGAAACUUAAUCCUACUGGAUUCAAACACAAAUUAUAAGACAUUAUAAUUUGUAAGUGUUAAACACAAGAUGAGUAAGGCAGAGUUUCUGCAUACAAAUCAGCUUAAAAUUUAGCAAUAAAUAAUGAUGUAGAAAGAGUACCAGACUAGAUUAUGACAGAUAGAUUUUUCCUGCUUAAUAGGUUUCAAACCAAUUCCCUUCCUCUGGUAAGAGCAACCACUUUCCUUUUGGGAAACUUGUCUUCCAUAUCUUGAGAUCAAAUUUUAAUUCCUACACCCCCACUCCUGAGCCAACUUCAAUUAUUUGGGAAUGGAGGAAGAGCUGGAAAUGUAAUAGAGCCUGGCCAAUUAAAGUACUAGCAAUUGUGUUUGAUUCAGAGACAAGCGUAUGAAUCACAUUUGGCCAUUCAGAAUCCCGCUGUAUUAAUCAGCUAUCACUGCAAAAUGUUGCAUAAUUGUACAACCCCCAGUACUUGUAUUAAUCUGUUCUCACAAUGCUAUUAAAAACUACCUGAGACUGGGUAGUUUAUAAAGAAAAGAUGUUUAAUUGACUCAGUACCACAGGCUGUACAGGAAGCAUGGCUGGAGAGGCCACAAGAAACUUACAAUCAUGGUGGAAGGUGAAGGGGAAGCAAGCACAUCUUCACAUAGUGACAGGAAAGAGAGAGUGCAAAGGGGAAAAUGCUACACACUUUCAACCAUAUAUCAUGAGAACUCACUAUCACCAGAAUAGCAAGGGGGAAAUCCACCUCCAUGAUCUAAUCACCUCCCACAAGGUCCUUUCCCCAACAUUGGGGAUUAGAAUUCAACAUGAGAUUUGGGUGGGGACACAGAGACAAACCAUAUCAGUACUUUAAUAACCAACAUCAUGGAUCUAUAGGUCAGCUGGGGCAACCCAGAGCUAGGCUGCAAGUUGGACCCUUCAAUCUGUUUGAUCUCUACAUCUCUCUCAUCUUUCUUGGACCAGCAAAUACCUGGAUGAAGGUCUUCUUGUGACAUAUAACAGAGAUAAAGAAGCCAAGCUAAGGCACACAAGCACAUUUAAGGUCUCUGCUCAUUGUCAUGUUCAUUAAUAUCUCAUUGGGAUGGGGAAAUAUAUUCUGCUCACUACAGUGAACUAUAAGGUCACAUGUAAGUGAAAGGGGGUGAAGAAGUAGAAAUAAUAAUUCAGUCAAUCAGUCACACCAUCUUGAAUUUCCAGUACCUUCAGGAUCAUGGUACCAGAAGGCUUUGAGCCUGGGGCUACAUAUGCCAAUCUUCCUGGCUAAAUGGAAAAAGCACCUCUCUAAUUGGAGAGAAUUAGAUAACAUAGGAGGAGAAACAAAUAGGUGAGAGAUGGGUGGAUGGAUAUAUUGAAUAUACUAAAUCCUUUAUUUUAAAAAUGGGGCCAUGUCAGAAAAACAUACUAAAAAUAGUAGUGCUAUGAGCAAGCAUUGUGGGAAUUCAGGAAAGUAAAAGGACUAGAGAUAUUUUUGUGGCAGACAUUCAUUUGAAUUGGACUUUAAAUGAUGAGAAAAAUUUUCACCAUUGUAGAGGAAAUGCAAUGAUUUUCAAAAAAAACAUUAUGCGAUCUCUCUAACAGAUAUUGUUGGUCUCCCUCAUGGAGACCUACUAGGGCAGUGCAGAUGGGAAACGUGGGGUUGGAGCACCCACACAGAGUCCCCUCUGUGAUACUGCCUAGUGGAAUUGUGAUAAGAGGGCCACUGUCCUCCAGACCCCAGAAUGGUAGAUCCACUGACGGCUUUCACCUUGCACCUGGAAAAGCCGUAGGCACUCAAAGCCAGCUCAUGAAAGCAGCCUCAGGGGCUGUACCUUGCAGAGCCAUGUAGGCAGAGCUGCCCAAGACCUUGUGAGCCCACCUCUUGCAUCAGUGUGCCCUGGAUGUGAGACACGGAGUCAAAGGAGUUUAUUUUGGAACUUUAAGAUUUAAUGGCUGCCCCACUGGAUUUCAGACUUGCAUGGGGCCUGUAACCCCUUUAUUUUGGCCAAUUUCUCCCUUUUGGAAUGGAAGUAUUUAUCCAAAGUCUAUAUCCGCAUUGUAUGUUGGAAACAACUAACUUGCUUUUGAUUUUACAGGCUCAUAGGCAGAAGGGACUUGUCUCAGAUGAAACUUUGGACUUGGGCUUUUGAAUUAAUGCUGGAAUGAGUUAAGACUUUGGGGGACUGUUGGGAAGGCAUGGUUGUGAUUUUAGAUGUGAAAAGGACAUGAGAUUUGGGAGGGGCCAGGGUGGAAUGAUAUGGUUUGGCUCUGUGUGCUCACACAAAUUUCAUCUUGAAUUGUCAUCUUCACAUGUCGGGGGAGGGGCCUGGUGGGAGGUGAUUGAAUCAUGAGGGUAGACUUUUCCCUUGCCGUUCUCGUUAUAGUGAGUGAGUUCUCACGAGAUCUGGUUGUUUGAAAGUGGGUGGCACUUCCUCCCUUGCUCUGUCUCUCUCCCCUUCUCCACCAUGAUAAGACAUGCUUUCUUCCCCUUUGCCUUCUGCCAUGGUUGUAAGUUUCCUACGGCCUCCUAUUCUAUCCAUGCUUCCUGUGCAGCCUGUGGAAUUGUGAGUCAAUUAAACCUCUUUUCUUCAUGAAUUAUCUAGUCUCAGGUAGUUCUUUAGAGCAGUGUGAAAAUGGACUAAUACAGCUGUUAUUACAAAAUAGUCAAAAUAUUUAAAAAAUUAAAGUUUAUUCAGUAAAAAAUUUAUAGUAAGCUAAGGUUAAUUAUUGAUGAAAGAAAAAUUUAUAAAAUAAACAGUGUAGUAUACAUGUGCAGUGUUUAUAAAGUCUACAGUGAUUUUUAGUAAUGUCCUAGGCCUUCACAUUCACCAUUUACUCACUGACCCACUCAGAGCAACUUUUACUCCUGCAGGCUCCAUUCAUAAUCAGUGCCUGAUAUACCAUUUUUUUCUUUUAUACAGUAUUUUUACUAUACCUUUAGUAUGUCCAGAUACACAAAUACAUUGCCUUAUAAUUGCCUAUAGUAUUCAGUACAGUCAUAUGCUGUACAGGUUCAAAGCCUAGGUCUUUGAAUAGUCAAGGAUUUUACCUUUAACUAACUACAAUUCUUACUAAUUUAGUAACUCAGUGAAGUGUGCAAAAAUGUGUUAUAAACUAUAAAGCGAUAUACAAUAACUAGUUUUGUAAUUAGCUCUUGGCCUAAAACAGACAUUACUUUGACUUUAGGCUUAGUUAGGAAUCUGUAUUAAUCUGUUCUCACACUGCUGAUAAAGACAUACCUGAGACUGGGCAAUUUACAAAAGAAAGAGGUUUAAUGGACUUACAGUUCCAAUUGGCCACGGAGGCCUCACAAUCAUGGUGGAAGGUGAAAAGCACAUCUCACAUGGCAGCAGACAACCAAAAUCUAGAAAAUAUGAAUUCUAGGACACUGAAACACAGACAGUACAAACAUGUGAUCCAUAAUAGGAAAGAAACAAAUGAGAGGAGACCUAUAAUUACCCUGAUUUUAUGCAUGGAAGUACUUUCAGACCAUGGUCCACAUAAGGAAAUCCAAGCAAAGUUGCUCUAGGGAGAAAAAGAUUUGAGUUUGGGGAGUCUAAGACGGGCUGGAAUUUGCAAUAAAAAGUGGCAGAAAGGAAAAACUAUACAUAGAGUUUCAGAAUACUCUUUAAGUCUUUGGCUGAAUACUAAGCUGUGCAUGUAUAGGGCGAGACUUUACAGAAAAUUUAAAUACCAGGGCAAAAAAAUAACUAUCACUGAAAGAACAAUUACUGGGGAACUACAAACUGAACACCUGCUGGAACUCACAGGGGCAGGAGUCAUUUGAGUUUUAAUCAACUAGAGUGCAGAAUCUUUAUUAAAUACCCAUGACAUACAAUAGAGGGUCUAAGAAGCCACUCUUCAAGGACUGGACUAAGAUAUCCAUAUUACAAAAUGAUAGUGUAGACCCUCACAAGGUUUACAAACAAGUCUCUAAAGAAGCAAGCUGAUCAGCCACUAGAGUAACAUCUUCCCAAAAUAAAUCUCAACCUUCUUUAAAAAUUUCGACAUUCAAUCUUUGUAAUGCUGGCAUAACUAACACAAGUUUAAUGGCUUGAAACAACACCCAUUUAUUAUCUCACAGUUCUGUAGGUAAAAAUUCCAGUACAGCAUGGUUCAGUUGACUCCUCAAUUUAGAAUCUCAUAAGGCUGAAAUCAAAGUGUUGGGAGAUUGUUCAAAUGAGCUUCUCAAUCUAUGCAGGCUGUUGGCUGAAUUCUGUUCCUUGCAGUUUAAAGACUGUGGCUCCCAUUUCCUUGCUGGCUACCAGCUGGAGACCAGUGUUUGCUCCUAGAGCAAUGGUGGGUCAAGUCCCUCUCAUGCUUCUAAUCACUUUGACUUUCUCUUUGCUACAUUUCUCUGAGCUUACUUGGAGAAAGAUCUCUGGUUAUAAGGGUUCAUGUGAUUAGAUUGGGCUCAGCCCAAUAAUCCAGGAAAACCUAUUUUAAAGUUUAUAACCUUAAUUAUAUCUACAAAGUCUCUUUUGCUAUGUUACAUACAUAUUCAAAAGAUCCAAGAAUUAGGGUGUGGACAUCUUUUUCUCUUUCUUUUUUUUUUUUUGAGACAGAGUCUUACUCUGUCACCCAGGCUGGAGUGAAGUGGCACAAUCUCAGCUCACACAACAUCCACCUCUAGGACUCAAGCCAGUCUGCCACCUCAGCCUUCUGAGUAGAUGGGACUACAGGCAUACACCACCCUGCCUGGCUAAUUUUUGUGGGGUUUUUUGGUAGAGAUGGGGUUUCACGAUGUUGCCCAGGCUGGUCUCGAACACCUAGACUCAAACGAUCAGCCCACCACAGCCUCCCAAAGUGCUAAGAUUACAGGUAUGAGCCCCCAUGCCCCACUGAUCCCCAGCGUUGGAGGUGAAGCUUGGUUGGGGAGUGGAGAGCAAGGGGUUGGAGCUUAGUUAUGGAUCCCUGAUGAAUGGCUUGGUGCCAUUCUCUAGGGUGUGAAUCAAUUCCCACUCUUAAUUCCCAGUGGAACUCGUUUUUAAAUAAAAUAAAAUAAAAAAUAAAAAUAAAUAAAGAGAGAGCAAGCUUGGAAUUUCCUCCCCUCUCUCUCUUGCUCACUCUCAGGCCACAUGAUCUCUGCACAUACUGGCUCUCCUUUGCCUCCUAUCAUGAAUAGAAUCAGCCUGAGGCCAUCACCAGAAGCAGAUGCUGGCACCAUGCUUCUUGUACAGCCUCCAGAACCAUGAGCCAAAUAAACCUCUUUUCUAUAUAAAUUAUCCAGCCUUGGGUAUUCCUUUAUAGGAACACAAACUGACUAAGACGAGGAGUGAAAAGAAACCACUGUUACAAAAUACCAUCGUGAAUCUCAAAAACAUGCUGAAUGACAAUAGCCAAUCACAAAUGAACACACACUGCUUAAUUCUAUGUAUAUGAAUUCCUAUAACAGACAAAACUAAAACACUUAGUCAUAUAAAUUAGAUCCCAUGUUGAAGGAGCUUGACCAGAAAGGAACAGAAAGAAAUGUUGGGGCUGUGGAAAUGUUCUGUAUCCUCACUGGGGUGGUGGUUACUCAAGUGUAUGUAUUUGCCAAAACUCAUCAAAUAAUGCUUUUAAAAUGGAAGCAUUUUAUUUCUGUAAAUUAUUCCUUGAUUUUUUUAAAAAAGCCAACAACAAGAGAGAAGAGUUUUAAGAAUAGCAAGUAAACAAUGUGAAAUGCCAUAGGAAGGAAGACAAUUCUGAGAAGUGAAAAGAACUUGUUUCAAUUUUUAAAUUUUAGUGAUUUUAGAACACUUUUAUUGAAUCACUUUAAAAGAGUCCUUUUUAAAAGAAUGCUUUUUAUUGAAAAGAUGGGUAGAAUCCAACAUGCAAGAUAUCUUAGUCGUAGUUACCUAGAAUGAGAAAUUCGAAGAGAAAAAGCACAGGCUUUUCAUUUCAAUUAGUGCAUCUCAAACUUCGAUGAACAUAGGAAUCUCCUGGGGGUCUUGUUAAAGUGCAAGUAUUGAUUUAGGAAAUCUCGAGUGGGGCCUGAGAUUCUACAUUUCUAACAGGAAACCAAGUAAUGUCAAUGUUGUUUGUUCAUCUACUACAAUUUAGGUGGCAAGGACACAGAUCGCUCCUGCGAGGCACAAAUGCCAUAAUUGGAGUGCUAAUUUGGCCCAGAAGUUUCCAAGAUCUAGACAGUCCAUUCCUAACCAUCAGUUCAAGAAUGCCUACAUGUAGAUUGACAGGCUAGCUCUGUUUCUAUGUGAUUGCAACCAGAACACAUACAUAUGAUGCUGUAGAAAAUAACAUUGAUCUUAGGUCAGUAGCCUUGGGUUCAAGUCCCAGCCUUUUUCUAACCAACUGUGGUAACCUGGGUCAAUUACUCGUAGGCUGCAACAUGACAGAACAGUUCCUGUUUCUCCUCUAUAGGUUACUGUGAGGACUACAAUGGAAAAUGUAAGUGAAAGUACUGCAAGAACCAUACCCUAAAAAAACCAGAAUAGCUUAAACAAAAGUCAAGCAAAGAAUUUGAGAACCAAGCAGGACCUAAAAAUAAGAGGUGGGGCUUCGGGAUUUUUCCCGUGGGCGUUGAGGGAUGUACCAUAUUGGGGGCAGGGGCGCCCCACAACAAAUAAUGUAUUUGAAAAGAUUCUGUAUUUGAAAUUAUGCCUCUAUCAUGACACCUGAAUAUGAACUUUUCCUUCGUUAGAUACUUCAACUGGCACUUAACUAUAAGUUCAGUGACAGUAUUCUGCUUCUUUCUCCUGAAGUCAAAGUGCCACCCACGCACCUCUCCCGUUCUGCCAUCCACCCGCGGCUUUCCUACCCCCGCCGCCUGCGGCCCCCGCCCCGGGGCAGUAGUUUGCACUAGGCUGAAGGGAGAGGUGGAACGGAUUCGUCUAUCUACGCACCUCGAGGAGGGGUGUGUGAGGAGCUACGUUCCAGAGAACGGGGCACUAUGAACGAAGAGGAGCAGUUUGUAAACAUUGAUUUGAAUGAUGACAACAUUUGCAGUGUUUGUAAACUGGGAACAGACAAAGAAACACUCUCCUUCUGCCACAUUUGUUUUGAGCUAAAUAUUGAGGGGGUACCAAAGUCUGAUCUCUUGCACACCAAAUCAUUAAGGGGCCAUAAAGACUGCUUUGAAAAAUACCAUUUAAUUGCAAACCAGGGUUGUCCUCGAUCUAAGCUUUCAAAAAGUACUUAUGAAGAAGUUAAAACCAUUUUGAGUAAGAAGAUAAACUGGAUUGUGCAGUAUGCACAAAAUAAGGAUCUGGAUUCAGAUUCUGAAUGUUCUAAAAACCCCCAGCAUCAUCUGUUUAAUUUCAGGCAUAAGCCAGAAGAAAAAUUACUCCCACAGUUUGACUCCCAAGUACCAAAAUAUUCUGCAAAAUGGAUAGAUGGAAGUGCAGGUGGCAUCUCUAACUGUACACAAAGAAUUUUGGAGCAGAGGGAAAAUACAGACUUUGGACUUUCUAUGUUACAAGAUUCAGGUGCCACUUUAUGUCGUAACAGUGUAUUGUGGCCUCAUAGUCACAACCAGGCACAGAAAAAAGAAGAGACAAUCUCUAGUCCAGAGGCUAAUGUCCAGACCCAGCAUCCACAUUACAGCAGAGAGGAAUUGAAUUCGAUGACUCUUGGUGAGGUAGAGCAACUGAAUGCAAAGCUCCUACAGCAAAUCCAGGAAGUUUUUGAAGAGUUAACACACCAAGUGCAAGAAAAAGAUUCUUUGGCCUCACAGCUCCAUGUCCGCCACGUUGCCAUCGAACAGCUUCUGAAGAACUGUUCUAAGUUACCAUGUCUGCAAGUAGGGCGAACAGGAAUGAAGUCGCACCUACCCAUAAACAACUGACCUAAACAGACUUAACUUCGUAUGCCCUGCCCUUUAUUGGUCUCCCAGACAUGCAAACUUUGAAGAAGUUUGAAGAAAGUUGUGGUCCGUUUUUUUAUGGUCAUUAAAUUUGCCAAACAUAAGGCAGUAUUUAACAUCUUUGUCAAAUAAAGCAGAUCAUUAUACUCUAGUCUUCUAGGGCUAAUCAUUUUGGCUCAUUUGGGGACUCCUUUUUCCCAGAAUUACUAAACAAAUUUUAUCACAUGUGACUACUUAAAUAUACUGUUACAGUGUCAUUUUAUUAAACAUUUUAAUGUAAUUCACCUGUCAAAACAACAGAUUAACUCCUUAGUAUAAACUACUAGAGAUAAUUUUUAAGAGGGAAAUGGAAUUCAUAUCACCUCUUAUUUAUUAUGAGCAAUAUUUUAAUAUAAAAAUUUUAUAUGUAAAAAUGCUAUUUUAGGUACUUUGCCAUUCUCUUUAUAAAUGUGUAUUUGAGUGGUUCUGUAUAUUUAUUUACAUUAUCAUGUGUGAAUAUGUUCACCCAUAUUUCAGGUCACUGCAUUUUAUUCUCUUAAUACAAUGUUUUCACAACGGUUACCUUGCUUUCCAAAGAUAAAUAUAUUUUGGAUUAGAAAUCUGAGUUGUUUUAAUUUCUAAUACCUCUUAUAAAAGAAGAAUUAAUAACUUUUUAAAGCAGUAUUCAGGUAAAUACAAUACAUUAUUUUGUUUUCUAACAAAAGCAGUUCUUAGUUCAGGAAGAAAAGACUAAUCUGGCUUCUAUGUCAAUUUGUCUCCAUAGAAAUGAAAGCCUCCUCUUGCUUCUUUCAUUAUUAGCUUCACACCAAUGACUGUGAUGCAUUAGAAUUUGGACAGAGUAAGUCAAGCCUCACUUCCAAUUCAAAUGUAAUGUCUAUCUUCAAAUUGAGUGUGCUGUGAAAUUGUUCUGUCUUUGAAAAAAAAAAGUAAGAUUAUUUUGUGUGCCACUUUGGGUAAAGUUUCAAGAAUACUUAAACUGUCCAAAUUGUAUUAUCACCAUCAUUGAACUUAGUGCUCAAAGAAAGCAUUAUGAGGUAUUUUUCUAAACUUUAGACUCUAUAGAGAAAUAUAGGAUUGCUCUACAGAAGAAAAGCAAAACUCGUAAUUAAAAAAAAAUAAACCUAUGUAUUAAGAGAAUGUUCUCGUAAGUUGCCUAUGAUGCUUCCAAAGAGUUUUUAUCUAACAGAUUGUCCCAAACAGCUAGAUAAAUUUUAAUAAUGUAUUACAGUAAAGGCUAUAACCAAUGCAGAAUUAAAAUGGGCUCUAAAUUCUGUUUUUAACUCAUGUUUAGAAUGUACUUAUGAGGUAGAUCCUUGCUUGAAAGUAUCUGCUGAAAAGCCCAGUAACGUGGCAGCUUCAUGCAUAAAGAUAUAAAUGACAUUUGCCUUAAAUUUGGCAGCCUACCCUGGCUUGGGUCAGAUUUUGUUGUUGAACACAAGAAAGUAUUUAAGCAAAGAAACACUUCAGUUUAAUUGAAAACAACUUUUUGUAAUGCUGACGUGUUAAAUUGGCCUGAGGGUAUUAAUUGAUAUCUGUUGAUUUUGUUUUUCUUUGAAGUAUAACAUUACUUUUUGGAGGGAAUUUUUGAAAGAUGCUUUUGAUUUCUCUCAAUUCUUUAAGUCAUGCAAAAUGAAUUUAAAAUCCAGGGAGUAUGGAUGCAUUGCCUUAGUUUUGAUGAGCUUUAAAUUAAAUGUGUGCAAUAUCAAAAUAUUCAAAGUUACAAGCUGGGUAAAUACAUUUCCUGAUUAAUAUCUUAGUGCUUAAUUGUUCCCACAUUUUCAAAUUUGACUUUACUCUUUUUUGGCGUAAUUCAGUAAGAUUGUUACCAGCCAGUGUGUUUGCACACAUUUGGGUUUGUGUUUAGAUGAGUUAGGGACAGUCAUAAAAGUUGGGGAUGUGUUGCAUUUGAUAUCAGUAGUAGCAUAUUUCCAGAAUAUGAGCCAUAAGUUGCAGUCCUGAAUACAACAGUGUUAUCCAAAGAAAGGAGUUUUCUGACAAAUAUACAUAGCUUUACUAAUGAGUACGGAACAAGUGGAUGAACGUGUGCAUGUGCUAAGGUCUUAAGUGGGACUCUGAUUUAUUCCAUUUAGAUAUUUCUACUUAAGCUCUAAAAAGGAGAGGUGCUCUUAAAAAAAACUUUGUGGUGCUGGUACUCACACUACUUUAUUUGGAUGAGUUCCUAGUAAAAAAACUUUUUGUUGAAGUAUUUUGCACAGCAGUUUAUCCAAAUGUUUGGUAAACUUAUAAUUUAGUCCUAUGUUAGUUUUCUUAAUCAAAUAUGCAAUUACUGUGUAUGCAAAUAUAAGUAUCAGGUACAGAGUUGAGUUCUAACAAGAGAACAUGAAAUAUCACAAAUAUUGUUUUCCACACUUGGCUAUUCUCUACAGUUGUUAGUAAUUUUUGAGAAUGUUUUGAAGCAUAUCUCAUGUACUACUGUUUAAAAAGUGGCAAAACAGACUGCCAGUCAUCCAUUACUAAAUUUUCAGAGCUUAUAUGAUUAAGGGGAGUGAGAUAAGACAAAUCUUUUUCACGUUCAGUUUUAUAAUUUGACACGUUAAAUUGAGUUUUAAAAAUUAGAAAAGUGUUUUUGACCACACAGGUUGUUCUCUUUAAAGUUCAGCCUUAUAAUGAAGCUAAAAAUCAAUUAUGUUUUACUUUGAGAUUAUCAUCUUAUCCUUUCAUCCUCAUAUUAAUAUCUAAAUUAGUCUUUUUUAAAAGGCAUGCCCUUGAGACUCCAGUAAUAGAUGAUUCAGGCAGCAGCAUAGUGUUUUGUUGUGUCGUUGACUAUGCACAAUGGUGGAGCAAAGACACGUUCUUAGUUUUUCAAAACACAUGUUCAUUUUACCACAAAGUGCCCAUUUUUAUAUACAUUUAAGGAUUAUUUUUUCAAUGUCAAGUUCAUGUUUGUGAUUUCAGAAAUAUAGUCAAAAUAUAUAGUCAAAUAUAUCUUGACAGGCAUCUUGAGAUUUGGUUUUUCAUUUUACUAUAUUCUUUAUGACUGAAAAUGUUUUGUGUUUUCCUUAUGUUUAUAUAUUUUUUACCUUAGUGUUUACACUGGUAAGGCUUGUUAGUCCAUUUUUGUAGUUUUUUUAAAGUAAGCUUUUAGAUCUAUUUGUGUUUUAAUGUUUCCCAGUUUGGGUUUUGUUUUGUUUUGGAAGAAUCUGCUUUCAUUAUUAAAUUAUAAAAUGUAAAUGCUCUAAAGUAGGAAUUUUUAAAGAGUAAAUUAUUUGUGUAGCUUAUUAGGAGGUUCAGGUUAGUGACCAUAAAGUGGGUUACUUGUACAUGAAAAUUUGAAAUGGUACCAUGUAAAAUUCUUCUAUUGUCACUUUUUCUGAUGUAUGCCAGUUCAUUUACUGACAAAUGUUGUUACUAAGUGCUUAUUAAGAAGUGUAAUAUGCUAUAAAAAAGUUAAUACUUUUUGUUCAGAUGUAAGGCAAAGAUAAUUGAUGCCGUUUCAGCGUAUGAUUGUAUUUUUAACUUUUACGUUGGUGGGAGUAACUAUUUGAGGAAAUUUGUGGUGAAAAUUAGUAAGAGAUAAAACCCCCAACAGUUUAUUCUUACCAAGUAAGGUUUUGUGGUCAUGGGGCAGGGAAGAGUUUAUUUACCAGAAUACUAGAGCCCUCACACAAAAUAAAGGUAACUUGGCGGAGGGCUAUAAUGCUUGCAUCUCAGGAUGUUCAUUUCACUUCAUCCUUUCAUAAUUGCCCUGAUUAUGGUGCAGUCUAACCUAUUAAGCAACUUCUGGCUAUGGUAACAUUGAUAUGAACCAUAUUAUAUCAAGUCUCCAAAACAUCUAGUUUGUUAACAUACACUUUCCCUGUUCUUUUUAGUUUGAGUCCACAUUACUAAUACAUUUUAAUAAUAUUUAAUUAUUUCACAAUUUUAAGUUUACCAAAGUAAACAAAAAUUCAUGAAGAUGAGUAUUGCCCUCUCCCAAAAAAGGUUUAAAGAUUAGUUGAACUUCCCUCAACUACACCUAAAGCAAAGGGGAAUUUUAGUAAGUGUGCGUACCUUGUUUCUUUCAGACGCAUCUAGAAUGUUUUUCUUUCACCGUACCUCCAAAAGAGGCAAUUUAGAAAGUAUUAAGUAGUGACUUUUGUUCAGUUCCAUUUUGUGUGUGUGUGUGUGUGUGUGUGUUAACCUUGCUUUAAAACAGUAGCAUAUACUGUGGUCAUUGAACUUAAUCUCUCUGGUGUUAGAAAUUUACUUUACAAAACUGUGUUAAGACUUUUGGAAAAAGAAAAUGAAACUGCUGUGGUAAAAACCAAGUUUGUUUCAAAAAAGUAUUUAGGCAAUUAUUUGGCUGUUAUAUUUUCUUUGAAAACUGCAAUAAUUUAUAUAUUUGUAUUGCUCUGCUUGGGAACUGUAUAUAUGCUUGUCUACUAUUUUUAAUUUUACAACAAUAAAAUAAGUAUUUUGUUAUCUGCUA